AUGGGAUGGUUUGUAGAGCGGGGCAAACUCUACGGCAUCUUGGAGCUUUUGGAUCACAGCAUCUUUGACGAGCUGGCGGCCAGAGAACGGGGAUUAGCUCAUCAUGUACUCAGGGAAUACACCUACCAGAUCCUGCAGGGGGCGCACUUUCUCCACAGGAAAAACAUCAUCCACAGGGACAUCAAACCGGAAAACCUUCUGGUUUCCCUGUCCGGUGUGGUGAAGCUAGCCGACCUGGGCUACAGUCGGAAGGUGCUGAUGAACUCCGUCCAUCUAACCAGCUGGGUGGGCACACCGGUCUACAUGCCCCCCGAGGUCCUCUUAGGAGAAACCAAGUACAGCACACCGGUUGAUGUUUGGGCCAUCGGCUGUACCAUCCUGGUCAUGGCCAAAUACCAGACUCCUUUUAGCGGCCAAACCUAUCUGGCUCUGGUCCGCGACAUGAUGGCCACUAUCGGGCCUCUGACCGAGCUACAGCAGUGUCGGUACCUGGCCCAGUGUAGGUACCUGCCUCCUGUACAGCCCCCCUCGGAGCUCACAAAGAAGUACAAGCUGUGUGACAAGCAGCUGGCUGAACUCAUAGAGGCGUGUCUCCAAAUGGAACCUUCUAAGAGGUCCAGCUGCUCUCAGCUGCUCAGCCAGGAUUAUUUCACCUGGGACCAUUUCCCUGACAGGUUCACCAAAGAUAUGGAGCUCAUGGUCCAGAGAGACCGUGAAUGCUGCGUGCCACCUCGGACUGGUACCCAGCCGACCUCCACUCCUUCUGACAAUUCCACACGUCAGUCGGUAAAGUUCUCCACCAUUUGCCUGCAAAUAUGCCAUGCUUUCAUUCUGAUCCUGCCUCUUUUCAUGAUAUCACAGACAUGAUCACAACCAAUCUGUUGAAACCAUGAAAGAAAUUUUGUGGCUUAUGAUUAUUUUCUUUAUAAUA